CAAUCCGUAUCAUCAUAUCAUCUAAUUUCGCUUUUGAUUUAUUCUUAUAAAGUUGAAAUUUAACUCAAAUAACGCAUCAUUCGAGUAACACCAUCAGUUUUUUUUUAACAAGAAAAGAGAAACUAAGCAGAUCUCCUAAAGGUGGCCAGCCUAAAACAUACAAAAGUUGAAAAAUCAAUAUUAUAGGCAGGGAAGAAGUAACACAAUCAAUAGGUCAACAUAGAAAUAACAUUUUUAUUUGAAAGAAUGCCAUAAUCCUGCAAUGUAUAAUUGGUAUCAACGACUUUUAACUGUUGAUAUCGGCCCAAAAUUUGCUCUAUGGCUAUUAUGAGAGUUAGCUUACCUAUUAGUUGGGCCUGAAUUUGCCAACUUUCUAUUAAACCAAACCUUCAAGCUUCAUACACGGAGCUUCUUCUAGAAUUUAGCUAGGGACUAGGGUCUCAAUGUCUCAUAUAUAAACGAUAAUAAUUAAUAAGUAGGGUUUGGAUAGUAUUUCGUUGGUGGUGAAACUCAAAAGUAUAUCUUUAUUUUUAAAGUUUAAAUUCAUAUCCUACCUCGGUUCAUAUGGUCUUAAUAAAAAUUAAUUCUUAUCCAUUUUUAUUGAGUCUAGCUGGUUUAAGGUCUAAUAUGUGCCUUUCACAUACUUAUUUCCAUUUUUAAAUCGCCUUUGUCGUUAUUCACAACCAAUAUUGGUAAAUCUGUGCAUAUAAAAGGAUUGUUGGCUACAAAAGACGUGUUCGACAAUAGAGUUUGAAGGAGUUUUUAGUAUUUGGCUAAGAUUAAGCUUUAAUGAUGGUGAAAAGUAGUCUUUGAAGUAGUUUUCGGUGUUUGACCUAGUGUUUAGGAAAAGUUAUAUAAAUAUCAACUUUUGAAGUAGCUUUUGGAGAUUGAAGGUAGUUUAUUUUUGCCAUUUUUCUAAACUAACAACUAAUUUCACCGAAUACUAAUUAUCAAAAGUAAUUUUCGCAGUCAAAUUUCUAAUAGCUAGCAGAUGACAACUAACAGCUAAAGGUUGCUGUUACAACUAAUAGUUACCACAAUAACUAUUUUUGCUGAAGAAAUCCUUAAUCUUUGUCAUUCUAAUUUCUAGGUCUAAUAAAUGCAUAAAUUCAAUUUGAACAUGGUUUGUGCAUAUUGCUUGGGAGGUGCUAGUGAGCCACCUUGGUAGUGACUUCAUAUCAGUGGAGAGUGGAGAGUGGAGAGUGAGUGGCAGAGUGGGAAAGAGAAAAGAGGUGAUGUUUAAUAUGAUGAACCCUUAGACUAGGAUCCAUACUCAACUAAAUCCAAACUCUACACACAAAGUCCAAUUAAAAUUGCACCCAUGACCCAUAUCCUUAAAAAAACCCUUAUCCCCUUAAUUUUUUUUCGAUGAAUUUUUUUGAACUCCAUUUACUGAUUAAGCCUUUGCCUCUUCUUGGUAUAAUUAAGGAUCAAAAUUUAGUGUACGACUUAGGCUUAAGUCUAGUUCAUUUCAAUAUGAACAAAUUUGAGUAGCAGGUGGUAGUCUAGUGGUAUUGACAUCACUUUCGAUUCCAAAAGUCAAGGGAUCGAAUUUAGAAUAGGAUCUGUCUUUUGAGUAGUAAUUUAGAAGGUCGCAUACUCUUACAACCCCUUUGGUAAUCGUUAAUAAAUUGUGGUAAUGACAAUGAAUUUUAAGUGUAAUCUUCUAAGAGAACCAUCCUUAAAAUGUCCAUGGGGAGACAUUUUUUCUCCAUGGGUAAGCAAUCUCACCCCUAAACUUGUGCUUUUGUCUCCAAGAAAAAAUGAUGAGAAUGAAAAUUCAAGAAAGAAAGUGGAUACUUUAGGAUAAAUUAGCAUUACCAUGGGAAUGAAAAAUGAUUUUCUUCACAAAUUUACAGAUAAAUUGAUUUCCAUUACUAUUAUUUAUAACCAACUACCAAAUAGGCAGUUAAGUCUUAACAAAAUGGCGAAAAAAAUGAGACCUAAAAGCUUCACAGUCACUUGAGCACUGGACAACGAUAGUAGACCAAUUUUAUUAGAUUACACCCUCACAAAUUUUGUUAGUGUUAAUAGUAUAAAAAUCAGAUUUGAAUGAUUAAUACAGUUAUGUGGAUGAUUAGUAAUAAUAGGUAGUUGGGCUGUUCGUUUCAACUUUUAAGUUUUAAGUUGGUUAAUUCACGCCUUGUUUGCCACAAUACCGUAACAACCUAAAGAUUCUCUUGAUACGAGUAUACGACACCCCUUCAUUCUCAUAGUCACACGAAAAUGGCUUUGAUAAGAAGCAAAAUGCUAUGCUCCAACAAAAAAGAAGAAGAAGGUAGCACACAAUUGUAAAAUCUAAUUUCUCUAUAUAAUAAGUUGUAGGUCUUAUUAUUUUAAAAAAUUGUCUAUCUAAUAAUUCACCCGUUUUAUAUUAAUUACAACAUUUCCCUUAUUUUAUACUAAAUUUCACAUUAGUUGUAACGAGAACUUAUUUAAUUUGGUAAUUAGUUAUCUUUAUCCCUCUCUAAUCGCAUUUGUUUUUCUUUAUAUCUAUCUAUCUUCUGACUUCUCUCCUUGAAAAUUAUGUAAAACAUACUCCCUCCGUUUCAUAUUAAUCUACACACUUUGACAUUUUACACUAUUCACAAAUUUCACUUUGACCAUUAUUUGUGAUUUAUACACGGAUGAAAAUAUAGUCAUGUGGGAUCUUGUUAGAUUCAUGAUAACAUGUAUUUUAUUAAUAUGUACUUUUUCUAAUUUUUACAAAUUCAAAAUUAAAGAUAUAUGUCUUCAAAGUAUUGCAUUGGCAUGCGUAAAAAGUGUAAGUGUGUAGAUUAAAAUGAAACGGAGGGAGUACAUGUUAAAGUAAUAGUGGAACAGAAGAUCGGAAGUAAGAUGCAGGUCUUAUUAUUUUACUUUAUUUUAAAAGAUUUCUCCACCUAAUGAGAUUUAUUUAUUUAAAGAUUGGUAAGAAAAAGUGUCAUACCGUCAAUACUGGAACCUGGCACAAGUUAAUCCGAUCCAAUUACACAGUCAAGACUCUUUAGGAGUUGGAGUGGGGAACCUAAAGAGAUUUAUUGUAUACUACUAUAUAUGUACGAUAUAGAUAUACAUGAUAUGUAAGAUGAAACUAACUAAAACAACUUACAUUAAUUUUCUGAUUACUUUGAUCGGAAGAAUAUAAUGUAACAUCGACACUUUAAACAUCAAGAUAAUAAUUCAACCUAAUUAGACAUCAUCUCACAAAAAAACUAUUAUUAAACAUUAAGGUGCAAAAGCACACAACAAAAUUUCUUUGCUAAAGUCCAAAACCAAAAUGCUUCAAAAUUCAAUUAUCAACCUAGAAAAUCAAACAAUCAAAUUAGGCUUAACCCGCUUUUUUUUAGACCGUUCAAAUUCGAACUAUAAAACAGGAUUAAAACCUAAUUCUUUGAGUAAUUUUUUUAAAAAAAAUUAAUUUCGAAUUUAGUCAUCUUUAUUAGUUCUACAUCGGCAAAUUUUAGUUGUGCAUGCAUACAUGAAUGAUUUAUCUAAUCUUCACGAAAAGUUUAACAUGUAUGUAAAUGAAAAGACCUAACAAAAUCAUUGGAGUAUAAUUCCUAAUAAAAUCAUUGGGGGUAUAAUUCCAAUAAUCAUGAAGACCCACCUUGGCAAUAUUCGAGGAACACUAAAAGCUACUUGGCAACCAAAGAUAACAGGUGAUACAUCAACUUCAAGCUACUGGCUAAAUUGGAGGGUUUUUCUUUGUGUUCUUUGGGUGUUAAUGUCCAUGAUUUUUGCAUCAUUUCUUAUAUCAAGACAUGAAGGUUCUAGAAAUUCAACAAGGUCUACUAAUAAUAAUGGUAUUAUUAGUACACAAAGUGGAAGAUUUGAAACAAGAAUUACAAAGGAAAAAGAAAAACCAGGAGUUUUGUAUGCAGAUGAAGUUUGGAUGCCAUGUCUUAAAGGAAUGCACCCUGGUUGGUUGUUGGCUUUCAGAGUUUGUGCUUUUUUUGUGCUCUUGAUUCUUCUCAUUGUCAAUGCAAUUGUUGAUGGUGGCUCCAUUUUCUACUAUUACACUCAGUGGACUUUUACUCUUGUUACUAUAUAUUUUGGGUUAGGAUCAGUACUAUCCAUGUAUGGCUGUUAUGAUUAUCACCAAAAAAUUAGUGGUGAUAGGGUUCAUAGUGAGGGAAUUGAUGCAGAAAGAGGUGGUUAUUUAGCCUCUAUCAAUGGUGGAACUCCAAAUGCAAUAAAAUCCAAUUUGAGCACCCAUCAAUUUCUUGAUCAUCCUCGCGCCGUCGCCGGAUUCUGGGGCUAUGUCUUCCAAAUUAUAUUUCAGAUGAAUGCAGGAGCAGUGAUGCUCACAGAUUGUGUGUUUUGGUUCAUUAUUGUUCCAUUUCUAGCAACCAAAAACUAUGAUCUCAACUUUUUCAUAAUAAAUAUGCACACAAUCAACCUUGUGUUUUUGCUUGGUGAUACUGCUUUGAAUUGCUUGCGAUUUCCUUGGUUUCGGCUUGCAUAUUUCAUCCUUUGGACAUCUUUCUAUGUCAUAUUCCAAUGGGUUGUUCAUGCUUGUAUAUCCAUUUGGUGGCCAUAUCCGUUUUUGGACUUGUCUUCCUCAUUCUCCCCUUUAUGGUAUUCUGCAGUGGCAAUAAUGCAUCUCCCAUGUUAUGGCAUAUUCUUCUUGAUAUUAAAGCUCAAGCAUAUGAUCUUAUCAAGAUAUUUUCCUUUAUCUUACCAAUGCUCCAAGUGAUCAAGAUUAGUAUGAUUUUGGACAGAUUUUAAGCUUCUUAUUUUUUUUCUGGGUUUGUUUUAAAGGUUAAAAGAAAGGUAGAAAUUCAUAGCUAACUAUAUAUACAGAUCAGGAGAUCUACAUAUACAAAUUAAGAAGUUAGCAAGUUUUGUUUUCAGAAAUGUGGUGAUGAUGAUGUAAAACCAUUCAUAAAAAGAGAGUGGAGAAAUUGUAUUUACUAAAUUACUAUCAUAGCUUUUGUAUAAAGAUGAAUAUACAAUAUGAACAUUUUACAAGUAUAUAUACUUUUGUUCUUAUA